UGUUGAAGCCGGUUUGGGCCAGCUCAGGGCUUUGCAAGCCCAGUGGGUCUGUCUGUCCGUGGGACUCUCUUAGAGAACUUCAAACUUCUUCAGUCACUGCCUGAGAUCUAAACAUGUGUGCACAGGGGUUCCUCAAGUUGGUGCUGCUGCUGGCUGCUUCACUUCUAACUCUGCUGCCUGCCAUUCCUCAAACUUUCUCCCUAUCCCUGCGGAGUGGCUCCCGCAGCGCCUCCUCAUGUAGACUGUCCCGUGCUGAGUCGGAACGCAGGUGUCGUGUCCCAGGGGGAAAGUUGUGCAGCGGCAGAGGCCAAUGUGACUGCGGUGUCUGCAUCUGCCAAGUGACUGAGCCGGGCAAAUACUACGGUCCGCUGUGUGAGUGCCACGAGUGGGUGUGUGAGACUUAUGAUGGCGAGACUUGUGCAGGCCAUGGAAAGUGUGACUGUGGGAAAUGCAAAUGUGAUGAAGGCUGGUAUGGUGACUCUUGUCAGUACCCAACUACUUGCAACCUUACACGGAAGAAGAGCAAUGAAAUGUGUAAGAAUUCUCAAGAUAUUAUCUGUUCUAAUGCAGGCCAUGGAAAGUGUUACUGUGGAAACUGUUACUGUGAGGCUGGUUGGCAUGGAGAUAAAUGUGAAUUCCAGUGUGACAUCACCCCAUGGGAGAUCAAGAAAAGAUGCACAUCUCCAGAUGGCAAAAUCUGCAGCAACAGAGGCACGUGUAUAUGUGGUGAAUGCACAUGCCAUGAUGUGGACCCAACUGGUGACUGGGGAGAUAUUCAUGGAGAUACCUGUGAGUGUGAUGAAAGAAAUUGCAAGGCAGUGUAUGACAGAUAUUCUGAUGACUUCUGUUCAGGUCAUGGACAGUGUAAUUGUGGAAGAUGUGAUUGUAAAAAAGGAUGGACUGGAAAGAAGUGUGAACAUCCACGUUCUUGUCCAUUGUCAGCUGAGGACAGCUCUAAGAAAUGCCAAGGAAGCUCUAAUUUACCUUGCAACGGAAGAGGGAAAUGUGAAUGUGGCCAGUGCACUUGUUUCCCUCCAGGAGAUAACAGAGUUCAUGGUAAAACCUGCGAAUGUGAUGAUCGACAGUGUGAAGAUAUGGAUGGCAAUGUCUGUGGGGGCCACGGCCUCUGUUCUUGUGGGCGAUGCGUCUGCGAGGACGGAUGGUUUGGACAGUUGUGUCAACAUCCAAGAAAGUGCAACAUGACAGAAGAUGAGAGCAAAAGCUUUUGUGACUCAGCCAAUGGCGUAUUGUGCUCGGGAAAAGGUUCCUGUCACUGUGGAAAGUGCAUCUGUUCCCCCCAGGAAUGGUACAUUUCAGGGGAAUUUUGUGAAUGUGAUGACAGAGACUGCGACAAACAUGAUGGUCUCAUUUGCACAGGCAAUGGUGUAUGUAGCUGUGGAAACUGUGAAUGCUGGGAAGGAUGGAAUGGGAAUGCUUGUGAAAUCUGGCUUGGGACAGAAUACCCUUAAUCAUAACAUGGAGCAUCCAGGACUGAGGGGUUUGGUUUGGUUUUUUAGGCUGCUAGAACAAUUAAAUGCAAGGCAAACCACAUAGAAUAACCACCAGAAAUAUUCAAGUAGACCAAUGUGAGUUUCUGUAUUUCAUAACAACCAACUGCAGGUCUACUCCUGCUCCUAUUGAAUUCAUUUGCAACACUCACAUUGACUUCAGUGGGACUGGGAUUGG